GUCCAAUCAGGACCGCUGUGUACCACGUGGUUUAAUUCCGCGUUUGCGAAGGGAAGCCAGAUUACAGCGGAACAUCUGAAACCUCAGUUGUUCUCAAAGCCAUUAUUAAAAAUGAAAGUAUACACACAAUGGUAUGCAGUCGGAUGAUUUGACCCUGGAAUGGAUUUAGAGGAGGCUUACCAGGUGGUUGGAGAGUUCGGUAGACACCAGAAGCGGAUGGUCACCAUCCUGGUUCUCCUACAGAUUUACAUGGCAUGUCAGUCCAUGCUCAUAAUUUUAGUGGGUGCUGUGCCAGAAUAUCACAUAGAACGUGUUACUGGAGAUCCGCAUGAUGAUAUAACACGAAGUGUGAAAUUCACAGAAGACGUCAGCUCAAUCGUGACCGAGUGGUACCUGAUUAAGCAUGAAGCCUACAAAGUAAACUUGGCUGGGUCUCUGUUCUUUGCGGGUGUGCUGAUCGGAAAUGUCCUGUUUGGACCACUCUCUGAUAAGAUUGGCAGGAAGCCGGUUUUCCUUACUAGUCUGUUUUUUGAGGUCUUGUUUGGGUACGGAACAGCGUUAGCGCCAAGUUAUGAGGUGUUUGCUGUGUCUCGGCUGCUGGUGGGAAUGAUGAACGGAGGAAUGGCGUUGGUCUGCUUUGUUCUUACUCAGGAAUAUGUGGGGAAGUCCUACUGGGCUUUGACAGGGACCUUGACUAAUAUGACCUUUGCAGUGGGCAUCGCUCUGUUUGCUGCGUUGGGUUAUUAUGUUCAGCCGUGGCGGAACCUAGCAGCUGCAGCCAACUGUCCUGGACUUUUGCUCUUCCUGCUCUGUGUGUAA